ACUCGGUGAAAGUUCAGCGCGAUGCUCGAAGGAUUCGCGAGAACGCGGACCGCGGUAAUAGGAGUUGUGGUGUUACUGAUUGGGCUCAACUGCCAUGAUCACGUAUGCGAAGGAUUGGAAUAUCAACCGGUUGAGAUUUAUGGAAAUAGCGACGAAUGUGCUUUGAUCCUGGAUGGUCCUGGAAGGACCAGUGUUUUCGAUUACACUUAUAAUUUACUUCGUGGAAAUUUUCCACCUACUGCGGGAUCACAAACCUGUAUCACAUACGAUGCAGUUAAUCAUGCCUAUAUAGAGGCGAGGAAACGCAUCAACGUCGCACAACCCAAAAACGAAAUCUGGAGACCCGAAGAUCUGGCUACGGUCGGUGAACUUUUACUGGACAUAUCCAUUAAUCUAGCCCAAACGUACGGUCUGUCAUUCGAGGAAAUUGAGAAAAGUCUUCCAUUGAUCGACACAUCGAAAACAUUAAUACGCGAAGUUUGUCCUGCUUUUUUAAGCAACGUCGAAUGUAGACCAGGAAAAUAUCGAAGAUACGAUGGACUCUGUACAAAUUUACAAAAUCCAACAUGGGGUUCGACUCUUUCUCCGUUCACCAGAUUGAUGCCACCAAGAUUCUCGGAUGGUUUAUCAGCACCUAGGAUAGCAGUAAGUAGACGAGAUUUACCCUUGUCUAGAAUAGUUUCACGUACUAUGCACCCAGAUGAGGGAUAUCAUGACCACGCUGGUACUGUCAUGGUGAUAGCCUGGGGACAAUUCAUGGAUCAUGAUUAUACGCUAACUGGAACACCUUUAGAUCCAUUAAAUCGUAAUGACCCCGAAGAAUGUUGUUCUCGUCCUCCACAUUUGAAGAAUCCUUAUUGCAACGAAAUUCGUAUACCAGAAGAUGAUUACUUCUACAGAUUAUUUAACGUCCAAUGUAUGGACUUUGUGCGAGCAUUCCCAGCUGUUCGACCGGGUUGUCGUCUUGGAUCACGUGUACCUUUUAACUUGCUUACUGGAGUUCUUGAUGGAAACACUGUUUAUGGAAUUACAGAACAUUUCUCUAGAAAACUGCGAAGUGGUUACGGUGGAUUAUUAAGAAUGAAUCCAGUUUUCAACGAGUACGGAUUGAAAGAUCUAUUACCAUUGAAAUUGGAUAUACCUGACGAAGGAUGCACUCGUCCAAAUAAGUCGAUGUACUGUUUUGAAGCAGGUGAAAUUCGUGUCAACGAGCAGUUGGUAUUAACUUGCAUGCACACAUUGGUCGCUAGAGAGCACAACAGAAUUGCGAAGGUACUCACUCGUAUUAAUCCUCAUUGGGACGAUGAGACGCUGUUUCAGGAAUCAAGACGCAUAGUCAUCGCAGAAAUUCAACAUAUCACUUACAAUGAGUUUUUGCCAAUUCUUUUGGGGAAAGACGUCAUGGAAAAGUUUGGACUUCUUCUCGAGAAAAACGGUUAUUGGGAUGGAUACGAUCCAACAGUAAAUCCUGGUGUAAUCGAUGCAUUCGCUGCUGCUGCAUUCAGAUUUGGACAUUCUUUACUUCCCACUGCGGUUGAACGAUGGAGCAAAGCACACAAAUUUAUUGCUUCCAAAAGAUUAUCGGAUCUAAUCAGAAGACCGUACGAUCUUUACCGUGCUGGAGUUUUAGACGAAUACUUUAUGGGAUUGAUGAAUCAAGUUGCUCAAGCUAUGGAUGACUCUAUAACCCAAGAAGUGACCAAUCAUUUGUUUAAAAAAGUUGGCGCAAAAUUCGGAAUGGAUUUGGUAUCAUUCAACAUGCAACGUGGACGAGAAUUUGGUAUACCAAGUUACAUGGAUUUUCGAAAAUAUUGCGGAUUACCUGAAGCUAAUACUUUCGACGAAUUGUUCGGAUCAAUGCCAAACGAGACUAUUGGACGGUAUAGUUCAAUUUUCGAACAUCCAGCUGACGUUGAUUUGUGGUCCGGUGGUGUAUCGGAGCGACCACUUCCGGGUAGUAUGCUUGGGCCAACCUUCGCCUGUAUAAUCGCUACGCAAUUUAGCCAUUCACGACGUGGUGACAGGUUUUGGUACGAGCUACCAAAUCAACCAGCGUCCUUCACUCUCGAUCAACUCAAUGAGAUUCGUAAGACGAAACUGGCUAAGAUGAUAUGCGACAACACAGAUCUUAUAGACACCAUACAAAUAUAUCCUAUGGUUUUACCUGAUCACGAAAUCAAUCCACGAGUACCUUGCCGUAGUGGUGUAUUACCAAGCAUAGAUUUGAGCAAAUGGGCCGAGUAUCCAACGAGCCACGCCACGCAAUACCGUUUGGUGGAGGAACGUUUGCUUGACGUGCCGGGACGUCCGGUGAAUGCGGACACGGUACGGGACCACUACGAGAAACAGGACGCUUUGCGAAUCUUCUUUGAGAGUAUUAACGGCAUUGCUUCGUAUCUGGGCAUCACGAGAAAGUAAUGCGCGCGCGCACACGCACACCAGAGAACGGGUCCAUCUCUUCUGAUAUCAUUUUCGCAAUAGAAAAGAAAAAAAAUAA